AUGACUCGAGACGUUCGUCGCCCUGAGAAGGGCCCUCAGACCGAGGCCAGCCUCGAUGCUGACCUUCUAGCCGGUCUCUGGGAAGAUGCGCCUCUUGCGCGUCUGCCCUCUGAUGCGCCGGCCGAACUGAAGGACAUGGUCCAGAUCAUCGAGAACCCGAAGCGCGUCUACGCCAUCCACCGCGCAAGCCGCCGACAUAACUUUCAGAUCCUCGUAGAAACAUACAUCCUUCAGCUACGGUAUGGAUGUGACUCCAAGUCAUGUACAACCUCGACGUGCUUUUCCUGUCGCAAGCGCCUUGCUGGUAAAGCACCAAUACGCAGAUACAACAUCACGAGCGCAAGAACCUUGGCAGUGUACCUGGCCAGCCAGGAUAAUCCAGAGACCGGGCUCUGUCCCUACCUUAAGCCCUCGAAAGAAGCACCAGCCGCCCUGAGCUCGCUCAUAUUUUCAUCCAACCCAGCGCCUCCAGCAUUCAGCGACCCUUUUUCGAAGCGAUCGGGUACACCAGUGGAUAGCAGGCGGCGGAAGUCAGGGUCGGGUGACAGGACAAAUGGCGAAACUGGGGGUUUCCAGAGGCCUGCUCCGGGUGCUGAGGAAAUCGGUCAUCGAGCAACAUCUUUGCCGAAUGAACGCUCGCACUUUGAUGCGGCAACAGGCACCGCACACCCUACAUUCAAAGUCGCCGAACGACCUAUCAGCAAGGAUUACCGUUCAUUCGCAGCCAAUGUGUUUGGGACUGUCGCCUUCAAGAUGCUGGAAUGGCUCACUCCAGCUGGCCUGGAUGCCAUGUCCCAAAAAGUCGCUACGCUAGAAGCAGAGUCAACACAAAGUCCCUCCAAAGAAAAACCGCAAAGAUCGCAAAACGCCUCGGGCCCGUCGAUUCCUUUGCAGUCAACACCUCCCGUGACGCAUGCAGAUAGAAAAGAGCUGGGUGAACUUCCUCAUUCGACCACAGACCAAGGACCGGAUGCAGUGCUCGCUCAAGGGUCACAGACGCUUCACAGUUCAAGUGCGACAGUACCCAACACACGGCUUAACAAACCUAAGAGGAGCUCUAGCACCAGAGUGCGGGCAAACUCCAAGCCGACUAGGAAACUCUCCAUCGAGCCAUACCCGACAUCUUCAUUGCCGGAAGACGUCGCGUCCGGGCUAUCUUCCCCGAGGUUGAAUGGAGGAGCGCACGAAAAGCCACUGAGACCACCAAAAGCGUCCCAUGUGAAUCCUUACGCCAUUCCAGAAAUACCUUCGACACCUUCAUUCUUUGAUAACGUACCGCCUCAAAACCAUAAGGUCACAAUUGUUCAAGAGUCAGAGUCAAUUUCCAACACAAACCACGCCAAUAGUAAACCGCGAGAACCAGCAGAGGUUCCCACUUUGCACGAGCCAGCCUCAGAAGCUCAGCCUUUGCGGGUUGUGCUGCCCACAGAGGAUACCAAACAGAGUCAAGACCCGUUGGAGGUCUCAAUUGCUGACAGCUUGCUUCCACAAUCAUUGACAGUCCUCAAUGUGGAGGUAGUUGAUCUUGUGUGUGACAUCCUUCAGGAUGACGGGACAUCAGAGUCUCACCUUCUUGACCCCUCCAAGAUUACUAGCACAUACACCACACUUAAGGACCGAACUUCCAAAAUGCAGAGGAAACACAUCUCCCGAGGCACCUACCCAAAGAGACUCCGGAGACAGUGGAAGCUUUUUAUUGAGCAAAGCUUGUUCAAUAUCUUGAGUGAUCCCGUCAGCUUGGUCGCAUCCUUUGUCAAGGACGACGAGUUGCUUGAUUCUCACACCAUUUGGUACUGCAUGCUGAGGCUCACUCGAGUAGCUCCGAGCCUCGUUUUUCACAGUUUGUGGAUGGCCGCCGGAAGCCUUUUUGGAGCACCCAAAUCACUGCAAUCCCUUCGCUCCCCCACUACCAGGGUAUUCCGCCGGACCAAUCGAUCCAUUGCAAAUAUCGAGGCAGGCCAGCUGUUGUCAAUAUGUCUCCACGCUUUAGUGGCCGCGGCCCCAUUGAUCACUGAUUCUAGAAUUCUGUUUGAUAUGUCACGGAUCCGUUCAAACGGAUUGACUCUGGCUGGAAGCGGUGCUCUGGCGCGGCAACCGGCUUGGCUCUGCCUUCUCUACGAUGAUGCCUUUUCAAAUGAUCUGGCUCUGAGACUGGCGAGACGAUUGUUCGCAGCCAUAUCCGCACGGAAGUGUUUUGCAGACAUGGCCGCACAAGACGACGACCUCGAGGACAAUAAAGAGGAAUUCGAUGCCCUUCGGCCACUUCUUUCCCAGCUCGACUUACUGAACUCGUACUCAUCUUCCAGCCCCGAGGUGGGACAUCUCGAGCGAGCUGGUCAUGAGUCGAGGGUUUCCACUCUACUUCUAGACUGGGCCAAGACAGUCAUGCUCCAACAAUGGGAUGGUCAGCCUGAAAUUUCAUAUGAUAGCUCUUUCGGUGGAGCGCUCUCACUGAUUGCUGCUAUGUACGAGAAACGGCAAGAUCUACUUCUUGGAGACAUUCAAUUCCGCGUGGACUACUUUGCCGAGAGGCUGGACUCGAUCAACAUGCCUGUCGCUUGGCUCACUCACACUUCUUCUAGACAAAAGAAGCAUCUUUUGGACUUCCCCUUCAUAUUCGAUCCAUCUACUUUAGUUUCUUACUUCCGAUCCAUCAACUUCUCAAAGAUGAGUCGAAGCUAUGAGGAAUCGAGCUCGCUCCAAACACGGAUGAAGGCAAUUGUUGCUCCUGGCGGCCUCAUUACCAAUCCUCAUCACAAACUUGUUCUACAGGACCUUCUUAAAACAGCUUCUUCGAAAUAUUUGAUCCUCGAGAUUAGUCGUAAGAACGUUAUCAGGGAUGCAUUCGAUCAACUUUGGCGGCGGGAAGCCCGAGAAUUGCACAGACCGCUAAAGAUUCAUCUUGGCGAGGAAGCUGGCGAAGAGGGUUUCGAUUCAGGUGGAGUUCAGCAGGAGUUCUUCCGACUUGCUGUUGCUGAGUGCCUCAACUCCGAUCAUGGUGCCUUCACGGUCGAUGACCGAACCCGUAUGACCUGGUUCGUUCCCGGCUCCGUGGUACCGGCCUGGAAGUUUGAGAUCCUCGGCCUCUUGGUUUCGUUGGCUGUUUACAAUGGCCUAACGCUACCCAUCACAUUCCCCAAGGCGCUUUACCGCAAGCUCUUGGGUGAGCCUGUGGAUGAGCUGCACCACAUUGCCGACGGGUGGCCAGACCUCGCGAUAGGACUAACGACUCUACUUGAGUGGGACGAGAGCCAGGGGUUGGUCGAAGAAGUCUUCGCACGCACAUACGAAUUCUCCGUGUCAAUGUUUGGGCAGCCUAUUUCUCGCGAGAUGGAUGGAAAAGGUCACAGCUGGCCACAAUUCGAAGCGACUGCUAAGACGUCGCUGGUGGAUGGGAAUCCCGAGGAUGCUCCGCUCGUCACCAAUGAAAACAGGAAUGCGUACGUCAGCGACUACAUCAAGUAUCUGACGGAUGUUUCUGUUCGCCCGCAGUACGAAGCAUUUGAGCAUGGAUUCCGAGCUUGCUUACAUCCCAAGGCACUUCACCUUCUAACUCCGCCACUCCUUCAAUCACUGGUAGAAGGUGUUCAGGAGAUUGACAUUUCUGAGCUGCGCAGAUACACCAGAUAUGUCGGCUGGGACGCGAGCCACCGCGGCGUACGCGACUUCUGGUCGAUCGUCAAGCGCUAUGACGAGAAAAUGAAGAGACGGCUUCUGGAAUUUGUUACCGCAUCGGACCGUGUGCCUGUCGGUGGCAUGAAGAAUCUCCAAUUUGUUGUGCAACGAAACGGCGAAGAGGAGGGCGAAGGUGGACACCUGCCCACCGCAUACACAUGUUACGGUACGCUUUUGCUGCCAGAGUACAAAGAUAAAGAUGUCCUAAGAGAGAGGCUGUCCAUGGCAUUGGAGAACGCGCAGGGCUUUGGGUUUGCUUGA